UCUUUUUCCCAUCAGACACCGCGACUGGUCAGAGUCAGACAGCAGACAGGAAUCAUGAGAAGCUAAUAAGCUUCUGACACUGUUACAAAAAGAAGCUCAGUGAAUAUUAAUGAAGAUCUAAUAACACAACAGUAAGCAUGUGCCAUCGGAUCGAUGAUGUUAUGAAGCUGUGCUGUGAAUUAUCGGCCAACCAGCAAAUCCAGACCACGGUGAAGGGCUCGGGGAAAGGAGCAGCAGCAGCCGGAGGACUGGCCUUCGCUGGAGGGCUGGUCGGGGGUCCUCUUGGUAUUGCAGUAGGUGGCGCUGUCGGAGGCCUGCUGGGCUGCUGGCUGACCAGCGGACAGUUCAAACCGCUGCCUCAGAUCAUCAUGGAGCUGAGCCCUCAGCAGCAGCAGAAGCUGUACGACGACCUCAUGGCCGUCCUGGGGAACAUCCAGUGGACAGACGUGGCUCAGCUGACGGCUCUAGUGAUGGGAAACGCCGCCCUGAAGCAGCAGCUCACGGCCGCUCUUCUCGGCUACAUCACCAAGGAGCUGCAGGCGGAGGUGCACUAUGUGGACUAAUGGAAAACUACUGGACAGCAUAGUCCAUCCUGUAUCGGGGUUUCUGCAGAUGUGACCUUCUAUCUACACACCUCAAGGACAGAACCAUAGUUACCAUGUCUUGCUGGUCUGAGGGACUGAUGGUUUUGAGGAGAUAGGGAUGAUAAUGAACGCCUGAUAGUCCUAAGCCCACCCCUCAGCUUUUCUUUUGUCCUCCUUAAAAGUUCGGUGCACUUUCUUAAUUUUGUCACUUACCUCCUGCAGACCUACUUGACCUUUCUUGUAAGAAAGAACCCACUAAUGGACAAACUCUAAGACAAUCUUUAUUGUUUCAGACAUUAGCGCUCUGCUGGAUCAAAGCAUAUUUAAUUUCCAACACAUGGAUUAGAGCCUGUUUAAACACUGGACUCACCGGCCGACAUGCUCAGGAGGACAGAGUCUAUGAGAGGAAGGUGAACUGUUUUUUUUUGUUUUUUUUUAAUGAAGCUGAAGAUCAUUAAAUGUGCAACCACAUUUUAUAAAAACAGGUACACUGGUUAAAAGCAGAUCAACACAAUAAUGGUGUCUAUUAAAGCAGUAACUUAUUAAGGGAAGUGCAAUUAUCAGUUGAAGGAAUUAUUUAUUAAUUAUGAUGAUCAGUCUGGCUUUUAAAGUUGUUAAUUGAAGACCUGGCUGAGUUCUGCAGCUUUACAGUGGCACAGUUUCCAUCUUGUUCUGCUGCGGUCAUAUUUACAUUCACAAGAUUAUGGUUGUUGUGUAACAUCUUGUUUUGAUAUAAAUUAACAGAAUAUUCAGUAUUGUAUUAUGAAUUUACCAGCGUCUGUACAGAAGAUUGAACUCUUUCAAUAAAAACAGAACAAAUGUGGACUUCA